AUGAAAGCCACAACCAACUUCAGCUACUCCAGAAACGACAGCAACUGCACCAGCGAUAACAGGAUCAGCCAAGUUAUUUUUCCUGUGCUUUAUACAAUCCUGUUCCUGGUGGGUAUCACCAUGAAUGGCCUGGCAAUGUGGGUCUUUUUUAAAAUAUCCAGUAAAUCCAAUUUCAUAAUCUUCCUCAAAAACACCGUCAUUUCUGACUUCCUCAUGAUCUUGACUUUUCCAUUUAAAAUCCUCAGCGAUGCAAAGUUGGCACCAUGGGUACUGAGAGGAUUCGUGUGCCAGGUCACCCAGGUCGUGUUUUACUUCACCAUGUACAUCAGCAUCCUGUUUCUUGGCCUAAUAACUAUCGAUCGCUAUCAGAAAGCCACUUCGCCGUUCAGAACACCAACGUCAAGGAGCCUUUUCGGUGCCAAGAUCGUGUCCACAGCAAUCUGGGUAUCAAUGUUUGCUCUUUCAUUACCCAAUAUGAUUCUAACAAACAAGAAGCAAACGCCCAAGAACGUCAAGAAGUGUGCUCUCCUGAAAUCCGAGUUUGGCUUAGUCUGGCACGAAAUCGUAAACUACAUUUGCCAACUUAUUUUCUGGGUUAACUUAGCCAUCAUAGUUGUAUGCUACAUACUCAUAAGUAAAGAACUGUACAAAUCCUAUAAAAGGACAAGACGCACAGGAAAAGCAUCCAAAAAGACUGUAAACCUGAAGGUUUUCAUCAUUAUCGCAGUGUUCUUUAUUUGUUUCGUGCCGUUCCACUUUACCAGAAUCCCCUACACACUGAGCCAAACGAGAGACGUUUUCCAGUGCUCUGCUCAGAACACCCUGUUCUACCUGAAGGAGAGCACGCUGUGGCUGACGUCGCUGAACGCCUGCCUGGAUCCAUUCAUAUACUUUUUCCUUUGCAAAUCAUUUAGGAAGUCCUUGCUCGACACGCUGCGCAGGCACACAGCGUCGUCAGCACUCGGAGCACGGAUGAAGGAGCAGAACGAAGGAGACGACACAGAUGAGACGCCGCUCUAG